AUGGCUUCUAAUUCAAGCUCAGAAAGAGUCGCGGUAGUUAUCUGUACCGGCUCUUACCACACGCCUGCUCCAUAUGAGCCCUUCAUGAAGGCCCUGGUCUCAUCCGGGCUCUUCGAGGCCUAUUUUCCCCAGCGGCCGACGUGCGAUCUCAACAAGCUCAACGUAGGGGACAUCGACCACCCGGACUUGGAUCGUGGCCCGCCCCCAGAAGGCUACCCUACCGAUCUCGACGACAUGGCGGUUUUCCACCAGCUUCUGGAACGACUCGUCGUCCGUGAAGGCAAGCCUGUUAUCCUCCUGGGUCAUUCGUCGGGCGGUGUCAUUGCAACGCAAGCCGCUAUGCCCGAACUCCUGUAUAAGACUCGUCACGCUCAGGGUCACUCAGGAGGCGUGAUCGGGCUCUUUUAUGUGGGGGCGUUCCUCGUUCCAGUGGGCGAGUCGGCCCAUAGCUUCUUCCAGCCUAAAGAUGGGACCCCAGUUAUCCGGCCAUUUGUGCGUGUAAGUCGAUCUUCCCAUCCUGCCGCAAGUAGAAUUCUAGAGAGAGGGAGAGAUGGGGGAGAGGACGAGAGAUGGGCCGCCACGCUGACGGCGUCGCCUCUUAACACCGGUGUGUUGAGCAACGAUGGGUAUUCCGCCAUGCCUUGUGCGUAUGUGGUGCUCGACGACGACGCAUGCUUGCCACAGAUAUAUCAGGAGAAUAUGAUUGCACUGCAGAGCCAGCGAGGCAAUGUUUUUACAGUCUACCACGCCCCAUCGGGCCACUCGCCGCAUCUGGCUGGACAGAACCGUUGGUCGACAAGGUGGCUGAUUUCCUGCAUCAGGUUUGUGGAAUGGCGGUUUCCUAGCAUGAACAAGGUCAAUGUUUCAUUGAACGGAUGUAUAUAG